AAUAUUGGCCUCUAUAAUACCUAUGUCUGAUAUCAAUAUUUUAAUAUUUACAUAUUAAUUGGCUAUGUUUUGCUUUCUAUAAAAAGUGUUUCUUAUUAUAAAUUACGAUUUUAUAGCCUUAAACAAUGGUUUUGUGGAUCCCAUGGUCGUUGAAUAAUCAAUAUGGGUGAUCUCAGCGCGUCUGAUAGUACAUGGAAGAAAAUGGUGAUUGCGAAGUCUAAUAACAAAUGGAUGACCACAAUGAAAAACAAAUUCGAGACUUUUCCUCCAGAGACGAACACUAGUAAUUUAUCUUUGGGCGAAGAGUCGUAUGUAUUUGGAGCUGUUAAAGAGGAAAACGAUACCACUAAUGUCGUAACCUAUGGUUCAGAAGAACGAUCUCAGUCAGAAUCUGGACAGGAAAAGGAUCCGCUUCUCAUCGAGUAUAAUGCGACCAAGAGUCGCAGGAGGAGUUCAGUCACAAAACCAGAGACUCCAGAGGAGAGGACUACAAGAUUGGCAAAAAUGUCUGCCUAUGCAGCUAGAAGGUUGGCGAACGAGACACCAGAACAGCGUUCUUUUAGACUUAAGCGAAUGUCAGAAUAUGCGGCAAAACGAUUAGCUCAGGAAACUAGUGACCAAAGGGCUAAGCGAUUAGCUCGUAUGUCAGCAUAUGCUGCUAAACGUCUUGCCAGUGAAUCUCCAGAGCAGCGUCAAGCGAGGCUGACGCGUAUGUCAGCAUAUGCAGCUCGAAGACAAGCAAUUAAAAAAACGGGAUCCACCUCAACUAAAAACGUCCAACCCUCAAAUGAUAUAAGUUCCAACAUUAUAGAUACUCAUUUUAUGCCUGAUUCUUUCAGUUAGCCUAAAAUAAAAACCAGAAAUGUAUAUUAUAGCAAGAUAAAAAUUAUAUUUAGAAAUACAGUGAAAAAGUUAUUAAUAAUGAGUUUUUAAUGAAAGAUCUUAUGAAAAAUUAACAUGAAAGUUAAUUCAUAGAUAUCUUAUUCUACAAUUCUGUCUAUGUCAUCAGAAGCACGAAUAAAAACUUCUCACAGCCGACAAAUCAGUUGUGUGCAGUGGCAAUAAAUUAAUUUUAUGGGAUAAAGAUGAUUUCACUUUAAAAUUCAAUCGGACAUUUCCAAAAUGAGAACUAGGGAAUAGUACUUCUGGUUACAUUUCUCAUUGCCAUUCAAAUAAUAUUAAUUUUUACGUGAACAUGUAUUUAAUAAAAUACAAACAGUGCGGAUUAAAUAUUUUUUUAAUACAGAUAUAUUUACAUAGUAAUAGCUGUAUAAUUAAAUGUAUGCUAAGGACACUACCGAGCUAUGUUUAUUACUCGUAAUAUAAUUUUAUAUUUCAGGAAUGUUUCUAUCAGUCAUAAUAAUUUUAUUAUAUAAUAUGAGAAGAUUUUAACACGUUGUGUCGGAUUAAAUUCGUAAAACUUAAAAGCUUCCUAUUAAAUAAUUAUUAACAUAGGAAUAAAAUUAUAACACAUCAGAUCUCUAUCAACAUUUAUACCAAGCCUAGUGGUUUAGUGUAACAGAUCGUACCUACCCUAUAGAAUUAUUUUUUAAUACAUAAAUAUAAUUUGUUACAAGAAAGAGGAAAAAUUUAAGGUAUAUAUAUGUAUAUAGUAAAAAUUUAAUGUAUUGUGUAAUAAUUUUGAUUUAGUAUGACACAUGAGUGUAUACUAUUAGUUAGUUUACGGGGAAAUUUGUGAUUCUCAUAAACUAUAUUGCGAAUAUAAUUACAUUUCUUAGAACACUA